UUCUUUCAAAGUCACAAGUUUCAAAAUUCAAAAUUCAAACUUACAACUUCAAACGUUUUCAGAAAGUUUCAAUUUUACAAAAAAAUAUGUAAAAAUAAAGUUCUAAUUAAUCACUCUUAUGUGCUUUUCAUUGUACAAUAAUAAACUUAUUAAAUGCUAAAGAAUAUAAAUAAAAUGGAUGCUUUGAAAAAUAUAUUACCAACUAGGUUGUAUGAGAUCACCGAAAAAGCAGGAAUUACAUCAAAACAAAUAAUAUUCCUUUCUAUUUGGGAUAUUAAAAAAUUAACUAAUUUAAAAAAUGAAGAUGUGGUGUUGCUGAAAAACAUUGUGACUCAGUAUUUUUGCCCAAUGAGCAUUACAGCUGAUAAACUGGAGAAAACUGAAAAAAAACUCAAGACUGGUUGCACAGCUAUUGAUAACAUAUUGAAUGGAGGUUUCAGAAUAGGUACAGUGACAGAAAUAUAUGGUGAGAGUGGUGUUGGAAAAACUCAGUUGGUAAUGCAAAUAGCAGCUAACUGCAGUGGCGAAGGCUGUGUGUUUAUAUGUACAGAAGAUUUAUUUCCAGUUAAGCGAUACAAUCAAAUAAAACAAAAUAUUUAUAGGAGUAAUGCAGAGUGCAACAUGUUUAUUGAACACCUUACUGAAGCUCAAGAAUUGAUUUCAUGUAUCAGGGUACGUUUGCCAAAGUUACUGAACACAAACAAAGUUUCAGCAGUCAUUUUAGACUCAAUCGCAGCUCCCUUCAGGUGUGAAUAUACAAAUUAUGUGCAAAGGGCUGAAGAACUCAAAGAACUGGGAAUGCUACUAUAUAAAUUAGCUCAAGAGUAUAACAUUGCAGUUAUAUGUGUAAACCAAGUCACUUCUACAUUUGAUAACUCUGACAAUGUGCUACCAUCAUUAGGUCUGGUAUGGUCCAAUAUGGUAUGCUGUAAAUUAAAAAUUUGCAAAACAAAUGAUAUAAGGUAUACAAAAGGCAUUGAACAUAAUGUAACAAUUAGGGAAUUGAAAGUUGUACAUGCACCUGAUUUACCUACAGCUUCAGUGAAAUUCAUUGUAACAGCCAAUGGUGUGGAAAGUAUUUAAUAUUUUAAAAAUAAGUUAAGGAAUAAUAAUUUUUUCUUGAUUUA